UCACAGAGUGACUUAUGGGGACUGUCCGCCAUGGACACAGCAGAUCAAGUCAACACCACUCAAGUAGAAGAUUCACAACUUGGACUUAAUUCUUCCAACUGCUGCUCAACUGUCGGCACCAUAAAGAAUGGGAUCUUUUGGAAGCUAGACGACAGCACUAAGCUGGUUGCAGUUCAAGUUAUUCUCAUCCUUGCUUACAGCACAAUCAUAUUGUUUGGAGUCAUUGGAAACUCCUUAGUGAUAUAUGUUGUCUUCAGGUUUAAAACUCUUCGGAAUGUCACCAAUUUCUUCAUUGUAAACCUGGCUGUGUCAGACUUGCUGGUGAACACGCUGUGUUUGCCUUUUACCCUCGUCUACACUCUGGAAGUCGAGUGGAAUUUAGGUCAGGUGUUGUGCUUCAUGCUGCCCUUUGCUCAAGGCAUCGCAGUGCACGUGUCCACCAUCACCAUGAACAUCAUCGCCCUGGACCGCCACAGGACCAUUGUCUACCUCAUGGAGACCAAGAUAUCCAAAGACAUGUGCGCUGUGGUCAUCGUCAUCACGUGGGCCGUCAGCGCCCUGUUAGCCAGCCCGCUCGCCAUCUUCAGGGAGUACGAGACGGUCUACCUUUCACCGGAAGAGCCUAUUCAGGUGUGUAUGGAGAAGUGGCCAGGCAACAGCAUGAAUGGAAGCAUCUACAGCAUAUCAGCGCUUCUUGUUCAAUACGGUCUACCUCUGACCAUCAACUGCUUUGCCUACAUCCGGAUCUGGAAUACGCUGAAGAAUCACAUGACUUACGGAGGUCGGAAUGACCGUCGACAGCAACAUAAGAAGACCACGAAGAUGCUGCUGACCAUGGUGGUAGUCUUCGCCGUCAGCUGGUUGCCUUUCCAUGCGUUCCAGUUGGCGGUUGAAUUCGACAGCACCGUGUUGUAUAUGAAGGACUUCAAGCUGCUUUUCACCAUGUUCCAUAUUGUGGCGAUGUGCUCGACGUUUGUCAAUCCCAUCCUGUACGGGUGGAUGAACAACAACUACAGGGAGGCCUUUUUGUCCGUGUGGAAGUGCUACAAGCCGCUCACUUCCGCGUCAAGACGCCCCAGAGGCAGAGAGACAAAAAAAAAUGUUGACAAGUUUUGUACAGAUUGCGUAUAA